UUGAUUUAUUUCAGGUGCUUGAAGAGAAUAUUAUGACAUUUGUGAAGAACGAGCUGAAGAUGUUCAAGAGGAUUCUUAGUCCAGAACUCCCAGAAUGCUUUGAGAGUCAGAAGCAGGAUAAGGAAGUGGUGGAUGCUGAAGAUGAGAAGCAGGAGAGCAGUGCCAGAGAGGGGGCUCUGAAGAUCACACUGCACGUCCUGAGGAAAAUGAACCAGAAGGAGCUUGCUGACACACUGGAGAAAUAUUCAGAUGAGCUUGCUGUGAUUUGCCAACGUGAACUCAAAUCUAAUCUAAAGAAGAAGUUUCAAUGUGUAUUUGAGGGGAUCGCUAAACAAGGAAACCCAACACUUCUCAAUAAGAUCUACACAGAGCUCUACAUCACAGAGGGUGGAACAGGAGAGGUCAAUAAUGAACAUGAACUGAGACAGAUGGAGACAACAACCAGGAAACAAGCAAGACCAGAAACUGCAAUCAAAUGUAACGACAUCUUCAAACCCUUAACUGGACAAGACAAACGUAUCAGAACUGUGCUGACAAAGGGAGUCGCUGGCAUUGGAAAAACAGUCUCUGUGCAGAAGUUCAUUCUGGACUGGGCUGAAGGAAAAGCAAAUCAGGAUGUCCAAUUUGUAUUUUCAUUCCCUUUCCGGGAGCUGAAUUUGAUGAAAGAGGACAAACACACUUUGAUUGAACUUCUUAAUCACUUCUCAAUGGAAACCAAACAAUCAAGAAUCUCCAACUACGACAAGUACAAAGUUCUGUUCAUCUUUGAUGGUCUGGAUGAGUGCCGACUGCCCCUAGACUUCAAGAAGAACAAGAUCUGUUGGGACGUCACAGAGUCAACCUCAGUGGAUGUUCUGCUGACAAAUCUCAUCAAGGGAAAUCUGCUUCCCUCUGCUCUCCUCUGGAUAACUACCCGACCUGCAGCAGCCAAUAAGAUCCCUUCAGGGUGUGUUGACCAGGUGACAGAGGUACGAGGGUUCAGUGACCCACAGAAGGAGGAGUAUUUCAGGAAGAGAUUCAGUGAUGAGGACCUGGCCAGCAGAAUCAUCUCACACAUAAAGACAUCAAGGAGCCUCCACAUCAUGUGCCACAUUCCAGUCUUCUGUUGGAUUUCUGCAACAGUCCUUGAACACAUGCUGGAACAUAAGAGAGAAGAGAUGCCCAAGACUCUGACUGAGAUGUACACACACCUUGUGGAGUUUCAUACCAAACAGAAGAAUGAAAAGUAUCUUGGGAAUGAAGAGACAGGUCCACACUGGAAUAAAGAGAGCAUUCUGUCACUGGGAAAACUGGCUUUUCAACAGCUUGUGAAUGGCAAUCUGAUUUUCUAUGAAGGAGACCUGGAAGAGGCUGGCAUUGAUGUCAAUGAAGCCUCAGUGUACUCAGGAUUGUGCACACAGAUCUUUAAAGAGGAAUGUGUGCUGUACCAGGACAAGGUGUACUGCUUUGUUCAUCUGAGCAUUCAGGAGUUUCUGGCUGCUGUAUAUGUGUUCCUCUCAUUCAUCAGCAACAAUGAGAAUCUAAUGGACAAACUGCAAACAAAGUCCAGCAUCUUUUCUUUGCUGUUCAGAGACAAUGCUGAAGUUACUUUCUACAAGAGUGCUGUGGAUAAAGCCUUACAAAGUGAGACGGGAAACCUGGACCUUUUCCUCCGCUUCCUUCUGGGCCUCUCACUGGAGUCCAAUCAGAAACACUUACAAGGUCUACUGACAAAGACAAGAAGCAGCUCACAGAGCCAUGAAGAAACAGUCAAGUACAUCAAGAAGAAGAUCAGGAAGAAUCCCUCUCCAGAGAGGAGCAUCAAUCUGUUCCACUGUCUGAAUGAACUGAAUGACCAUUCUCUAGUGGAGGAGAUCCAAAGAUACCUGAGAUCAGGAAGUCUCUCAAAACCCAACCUGUCACCUGCACAGUGGUCAGCUCUGGUCUUUGUGUUGCUGACUUCAGAAAAGGAGCUGGAUGUGUUUGACCUGAAGAAAUACUCCAGAUCAGAGGAAGGUCUUCUGAGGCUGCUGCCAGUGGUCAAAGCCUCCAGAGCUGUUCUGCUGUCAGGAUGUGGAGUCACAGAGGAAGGCUGUGCUUCUCUGGUCUCAGCUCUGAGGUCAAACCCCUCACACCUGAGAGAGCUGGAUCUGAGUAACAAUGACCUGAAGGAUUCAGGAGUGAAGCUGCUCUCUGCUGGACUGGGGAAUCCCCACUGUAAACUGGAGACUCUGAGGCUGUCAGGCUGUCUAGUCACAGAGGAAGGCUGUGCUUCUCUGGUCUCAGCUCUGAGGUCAAACCCCUCACACCUGAGAGAGCUGGACCUGAGCUACAAUGACCUGAAGGAUUCAGGAGUGGAGCUGCUCCCUGCUGAACUGGGGAAUCCCCACUGUAAACUGGAGACUCUGAGGCUGUCAGGCUGUCUAGUCACAGAGGAAGGCUGUGCUUCUCUGGUCUCAGCUCUGAGGUCAAACCCCUCACACCUGAGAGAGCUGGAUCUGAGUAACAAUGACCUGAAGGAUUCAGGAGUGAAGCUGCUCUCUGCUGAACUGGGGAAUCCCCACUGUAAACUGGAGACUCUGAGGCUGUCAGGCUGUCUAGUCACAGAGGAAGGCUGUGCUUCUCUGGUCUCAGCUCUGAGGUCAAACCCCUCACACCUGAGAGAGCUGGACCUGAGCUACAAUCACCCAGGAGACUCAGGAGUCAGACUGCUCUCUGCUGGACUGGAGGAUCCACACUGCAGACUGGAGAAACUCAAUGUGGAACAUGGUGGAGAGAACAGAAUGAAACCUGGGCUUAGAAAAUAUGUCUGUGAUCUCACACUGGACCCAAACACAGUAUACAUGCGCCUCUCUCUGUCUGAGAAGAACAAAAAGGUGACACAUAUGGGAGAGUGCCAGCUGUAUCCUGACCACCCAGAGAGAUUUAUGGAAUGUGGAGAGGUGCUGUGUAGAGAGAGUCUGACUGGGCGCUGUUACUGGGAGGUAGAGUGGAGUGGGAGAGGAAAGGAAGUGUGGAGUGGGAGAAGGGUUGAUAUAGGAGUGACAUAUAAAGGAAUCAGCAGGAGAGAAGGGGGUGAGGACUGUUGGCUUGGAUUUAAUGACAAGUCCUGGAUUCUGCGCUGCUCUGACAACAGUUACUCUGCCUGGCACAAUAAUAAUCCCACUACCAUAGACGUCCCCUCCUCCAGCUCCCACAGAGUAGGAGUGUAUCUGGACUGGCCAGCCGGCACUCUGUCCUUCUAUACAGUCUCCUCCGACACACUGACCCACCUGUUCACAUUCACCUCCACAUUCACUGAGCCCCUCUAUCCAGGGUUUCAUCUUUGGGGUCAGGGCGCCUCAGCGUCCCUGUGUCAAACACUACAUGAUGUUUCACUCUAAUCAGGGUCAUGUUCAGUCAGACACACUGGAGCAACAAUGUAGAAUAUCUCUCUAGUCAUGAGUUAAAAUGUGAUUAUUAUAUCUAAAUAUUCACGGUUAUACACCACCUAUGUUAAUAGUCAUUAAUAGAACUAUCACCUCACUGUGUUGUAGAAACUGGUUUCAUGUAGAAAUCAUUGUUCUUGUUAUUAUUGAGCUUCUUGGUGUUUGUAAAUAUUGUACAAUGUUUAUUUGUCAAAUUCUUGACACAACAAUCCUGUUUGUGUAUAAACUCGAUUCAACUGAAUGAAAUGUACAUGUGACACAUGUGACUAAUAAAGGAUCAUCAACCAGA